AUGCGGCUCGUCACGCAGCUCGUCUCUCGGCUCGUCAUGCAGCUCGUCUCUCGGCUCGUCAUGCAGCUCGUCUCUCGGCUCGUCAUGCAGCUCGUCUCUCAGCUCGUCUCUCAGCUCGUCAUGCAGCUCGUCUCUCAGCUCGUCAUGCAGCUCGUCUCUCAGCUCGUCAUGCGACUCGUCUCUCAGCUCGUCUCUCAGCUCGUCUCUCAGCUCGUCUCUCAGCUCGUCUCUCAGCUCGUCUCUCAGCUCGUCUCUCAGCUCGUCUCUCAGCUCGUCUCUCAGCUCGUCUCUCAGCUCGUCUCUCAGCUCGUCUCUCAGCUCGUCUCUCAGCUCGUCAUGCGGCUCGUCUCUCAGCUCGUCAUGCAGCUCGUCAUGCAGCUCGUCUCUCAGCUCGUCUCUCAGCCCGCUAUAAAGUUCCUCACACAGCUCGCCUUUGAGCCCGCCGGACGACCCGCCACAAGGCUAACACCGUUUAAUGAAGUCCGAAUGAGAGGCACCCUUCCGUACAGGAUCCUGACGGUACGGCAUCUAUCGAAAUGA